AUGAGUGAGAAUCUACUGAUAGAUGAUUACAGGUGGUUGGAUGGAUAUCAGAUCUCAUCUUCAACAAAAGGAAAUGGGCUCAGUAGCUCCAUUAAUUUAUCAUCUCAUUCAAAUGCCAAUCACUUCACUAACAGCAAUGGCUUGAGUGGACCAGUGAACUUUCCCUUUCCUGGUAAACAGGGUCCACCUAUGCAACUCCAAGGGGAAAAACAGAAAAUCUGGCAACAUUUUCAGAUGCCCAAUGACCUUGUACUACACCAUGAAAUGCGGCUGCAGCAACAACUUGUAAAUGGAAAUCAGCACUUUGACUCCUCAGCCUGA